UCUCAUUUUCUCACCAAUUCAGCACAAACACAACCAUGAAUUAUCUAUAAUCCAUUUCUCCGAUCACCGUUAAUUCACCUGAAUCCAUUUCUCCGAUCACCGUUGAUUCACCGGAAUUCAUCAAAUCCCGUCGAAUUCGCUGCUUCAUAGAUCCUAUUCUCAACGAUGGCGGACAAGUACAACAUGAAGAAUCCCGCCGUCAAGCGGAUUCUCCAAGAGGUCAAAGAAAUGCAAUCGAACCCUUCCGAUGAUUUCAUGAGCUUACCUCUCGAGGAAAAUAUAUUUGAAUGGCAGUUUGCGAUUAGGGGACCUGGUGAAACUGAAUUUGAAGGUGGGAUUUAUCAUGGAAGGAUUCAAUUGCCUGCUGAAUAUCCUUUCAAACCUCCUUCAUUUAUGUUGUUGACACCUAAUGGUCGUUUUGAGACACAAACUAAGAUUUGCUUGAGCAUAUCAAAUCAUCACCCUGAGCAUUGGCAACCAUCAUGGAGUGUUAGGACCGCUCUAGUUGCACUGAUUGCGUUCAUGCCCACCAGCCCAAAUGGUGCCUUAGGCUCAUUAGACUACAAAAAAGAAGAUAGGCGUGCCUUAGCCAUUAAAUCUCGUGAAGCAUCUCCAAAAUUUGGGACUCCUGAACGUCAAAAACUGAUUGACGAGAUUCAUGAGUAUAUGCUAAGCAAAGCAAACCCGGUUCCUCAACCUAGCCCUUCACAGGCUUCUGAAGAACCCAAAAACGAAGAGGCCGAGACUCAAGUUACUCUGCCGAAUCCUGAGGCUUUACCUGCAGGAGAGGGGAUUACAGAUGAAGCUGGUGACAGAAUAGUUGAAGAACAAGAAGUUCCUGUCAAUGCUAAUCCUAACCCUGCAGGAGUUGAAGCGACAAAUGAGAUUCCACCCGAAGUAGUCCCAACCAAUCAGUUGCCCCCGAAGUCAGAGGCAAGGGUUCAAAAUCUGAAACCAGAGACAAGAGUUCAAAAACCCGAUGACCGAUUGUUCACACUGGCAGCUAUUGGACUUGCUAUAGCAAUUAUGGUUCUUCUGCUGAAGAAAUUCAUUAAAUCUACGGAACAUGGAGCAGUUUUCAUGAAUGAGUCUUAGGUGUUUUCAUUUUUCAUGUUAGCUCCAAUAUGAAGAUUCUUAGCUCCAUGCUGUCGUUAGGAAUGUCUUGCAGUUCUAUACUCAACUGAUAUUUUAUGACCCUGCUAUUGUACUUAUGUCAUGUAAUUAUGUAUUGAUCGACGUCAAUAACAAAUCGAACAUACUAUAUUGUCUAGAAAA